AUGGACAAACGGGCCAAGUUCACCGUCUGCGCCGCCGGCAUAUUCGUGUGCUAUUUCUUCUACGGAAUACUCCAGGAGAAGAUCACACGGGGCACGUACGGCACGCAGGGUGAAAAGUUCACCUACUCGCUGUCGCUGGUGUUCGUGCAGUGCGUGGUCAACUAUGCGUUCGCGAGGCUCGUGCUCAAAGCGUUCCCCGAAGAGAGCCCCGACACGACCAAAUCGGCAUACUACGCCGUCAGCGCGGUCACGUACUUGCUGGCCAUGAUCUUCAGCAACAUGGCCCUGCAAUGGGUCAACUAUCCCACUCAGGUGGUUGCCAAGUCCGGAAAGCCCAUACCGGUCAUGAUUCUGGGUGUGCUGUUGGGACGCAAGUCUUAUCCGUUGAAAAAGUAUCUGUUUGUACUGCUCGUCGUCAUUGGAGUAGCUUUGUUUAUGUUCAAAGACGGCAAGUCUAAUUCAUCACAAGCAGAUUCUUCUCUGUUGGGACUCGGGGAAAUACUGUUGAUAUUGUCAUUGACAAUGGACGGUGUAACAGGAGCUGUCCAAGAGCGAAUGCGCAGUGAAUCAAAGACAAAAUCUGGGCAUAUGAUGGUCAACAUGAACUUGUGGUCAAUGCUGUUUUUGAGUGUUGCACUUAUUGGCACUGGUCAAAUAUUUGACUUUAUAAGCUUUGUACAGCGUUACCCACAAAUAGUAGUACAACUACUGUUAUUCUCAGCGUUUAGUGCACUUGGACAAUUCUUUAUAUUUUGGACUGUAAGUGAUUUUGGACCUUUACCAUGUUCAAUUGUAACAACAACAAGAAAAUUCUUUACUGUACUUGCUUCAGUUAUAUUUUUUGGAAAUCCUAUGUUAACUAGACAAUGGAUUGCUACUAUUAUAGUAUUUGUUGGAUUAUUCUUGGAUAGUUUCUAUGGUAAGCAACCUGUCAAAAGUAAAUGA